AUGCACAAGGCUGCUUCCGUCCUGCUCACAGUUUUUACCUGUUCGUGCACCUCGAUCUUCCUUGCAGCGCUGGUGCUGCUCAGCAACGCAGCCAACAUUGCCAACAUACUGAAUCUUGUAAGCUACCUGCGCGAGGAGAUGCACAUGGAUGUGGCGAGGGCCUCUACGAUGGCGAGCAACUUCUUUGCCGCGCUGCAGAUGUUCUCCAUCCCAGCAGCCUUCCUUGCUGACUCCUACGUCAAGCGCUUCUACACUGUCCUCAUCUUUGGCCCAAUCGAAAUACUGGGCUAUAUCCUUCUGGCGGUCCAAGCGCAUGUCCCAUCUCUGCACCCGCCACCGUGCGUUGCCGGACAGCAGGCAACCACCAUCUGCGAGUCCGUGCACGGCUCAAACCUGAGCCUGCUCCUGCUGGGCCUCUACCUGAUCCCCAUCGGCGAUGGGGCGGCUCGGGCGUGCCUCCCAGCUCUCGGCGGGGAGCAGUUUGACACGUCCGAUCCCGUAGAGCAGAGGCAGGAGUCGAGCUUCUUCAACUGGUACACUUUCGCCAUCUCGACGGGUGGCUUCGUGGGGCUCGUCUUCAUCGUGUGGGUGGAGAACAGUAAAGGCUGGGACCUUGGCUUCGUUGUCUGUGCCUUGUUUGUGAUGCUGGGGAUGCUGAUAUGGAUUGCCGGCCUCCCGUUCUACAGGAACCAGCUGCCAAGUGGUAGUCCCAUCACAAGGAUAUUGCAAGUUCUUGUAGCAGCAUUCAAGAAAAGAAAAGUUGCAUUACCAGCCAACUCAAGUGAGCUAAAGCAAAUAAGCCAUGACGACACCAGUGCCCUCGAAAUGCUGCAUAGAACCGGCGGAUUUCACUGCAUUGACAAAGCAGCAGUAGACACCGGAAAGACUGGUGCCUGGACUCUCUGCAGCAUAACCCAGGUGGAGGAGACCAAGAUCAUCCUCCGCAUGGUGCCCAUCUUCCUCAGUGCUGUGCUGGGGUACAUUCCGGUGCCGCUCAUCCUCAAUUUCACCGUGCAGCAGGGAAACACAAUGGACACCAGGCUUGGAGCGGUUCACAUCUCACCCGCAACGCUAUUCGUCAUCCCUACGGUUUUCCAGAUGGUUAUCCUCAUCGUUUACGACCGGUUCAUUGUCCCGUUCCUAAGACGAAUAACUGGGUACGUGGGCGGUGUCACGCACCUCCAGCGCAUCGGCAUCGGGUUCCUUUCAACCGUAGUGGCCACCAGCAUUGCAGCCCUAGUGGAGGCCAAGAGGAAAAAGGUGGCAGAAGACAGUGGCCUUGUGGAUGCUACAACUGGAAUUCCAAUGUCUGUUUUCUGGCUGACCAUACAGUACUUCCUCCUAGGUGUUGUGGAUGUCACCUCCUUUGUAGGGCUUCUUGAGUUCUUCUACAGUGAGGCGUCCAUGGGGAUGAAGUCCAUUGGGAGCUCCAUCUUCUACUGCAUCCUUGGGGUGUCUGCUUGGCUGGGGAGCCUGUUGAUCCAAUUGGCAAACCGAUUUUCAAGACACAGUGAUGGUACAGGAGGCUGGCUUGAUGGCACAAACUUGAACAAGGGGAAACUUGAUCGAUUCUAUUGGUUGCUAGCAGUUCUUGAGGUGGUAUCACUAUUAGUGUACGCCUUUUUCGCUUGGAGGUAUGUUUACAGGAAUGACCAAAGGGUUGUGGUUGAUGGAGAUAAUAAGGCUCCAUCAGACGGUGCUAUAAAUGUGAUCUGA